GCAUUGAACUCGCGCCGCCGCCGCCGUCGGGUUAGACUGACCCGCCGGCGGCGGCUGCGCUGCCUGACCCACAUUGCCGGCGUAGCUCCACUUUCCUCGCAACUGGCAGUGCCUCGGCGAAAGAGCCGCGUGCGGCGGCAGCGCGGGCUCCUCCGCGCCGGGGAGUGCAGUGCGGCGGCGGCGGCCAGCAUGAGGCUGAAGGCGUGCAGCAUGAACAGCGGCAGGUGCCAGUCGCAAUCUGUGUAGCCGCAGGCGGUCAGCCUGACGGAAGCCAUGAAUCUUCCCAGCAUACUCUUCGUCCUACUAACGGCAGGGAGGCUGGCGGUCGGCACCGGGCUCAAUUGUUCAGCCGGCACGAGCCGCUUCGGCAAGUCGAUGCGCCGCGUGCAGCCGCCGCUGUCCUGCCAGGGCUCGCCGAACAUGCCCAGCCCGACCUGGUGCGACGAGCCGGGCCGCGACUACCCCUGGCAGGAGAUCCAGGAGUACCUGCGCAGAUCCAGCGCGGCGGCCAGCAAGCGGGCUGCCCUCCCCGAUGCUAGCGGCAUGAAGCGGCUGUUGGCCAAGUACCGGCCGGGCAAGAGCCGGGCCCCGGGCCGCAGAACACGGUCGACUAGCGAUGUGUAUGACGUCAGCGGUCACAGGUCACCAACGCGAGUUGCCAGACUGGCCUCUCGAUCAAGGAAUUGGGAAUUUUCGGACGAUAGGCCUGAUGCAACAGAGAGGCUCGAGACAGCCGCGCCAGCUGUCGGUGACACGGCAAACUUUGGCUCGCCCGGGGCGGCACAAGAGGGUGACAGAGAUGACGAGAGCGAGACGUUCUUAGAGAACGUGGAUUACAAGGGCGGCUUCACCGAAGAAGAAGAGCUUGCGAUUUUGUUUUCCUACUUCACGGAGCCCUCCGGAAUAGUGGUGACCAAAGGCGUUCUGGAAGACAUAAUCAAGCUGGGAGAAGCCCUUGACAAUGCCCUGGGCUGGAGGCAACCAGCCACGGAAGCACCACCUGAUGACGGGCCUGCCUCAGUCGAGACAAGCGCCGCUUCAGCUCAAGGAGCAUCUGGUGAAGCUGCACCACAAGAGCACCAACCAGUUGGCGAAGCGCCCCUGUUCCAUGACGGCGGCGCACCGAAGGUCAGUGCGCCUGCUCAGGAGUCAGUCGCCGUCACAGAACAGCCACGCCUGGAAACACUCGACGCGAUGCCAGAGAACUCGACGGACAGCCCCGCCGCGGCUCACACCACCGGACCGACAGCGCCCCCUGAGCCUACCACGACCCUGCCGCCGCCCGCAGCGGCGCCCACGCCCUCCCCCUCCCCUCCUGUCGCCGCCCAGCCCGCGGUUGACGCCCCAGCGCCGGUCACGGCCACGGCGUCCACCUCGGUCUUCUCUGAAGCCGAGCGGCGCUCGCCUCCGGGGCCUUCCCAGAUCCGGGCAGAGGUGCGCACCGGCGAGGACGUGCUGGCCGAGAUCACCGCCGGCGAGGAGAUCCUCGCCGACGCACUCGCCGCCGAGCUGGAGGACUGGCCGCGCGAGGAGCCGUCGGCGGAGGACUGGCGGCAGGAGGAGCAGGAGGACUGGACGCGCGAGGAGCCGUCGGCGGAGGACUGGCGGCAGGAGGAGCAGGAGGACUGGACGCGCGAGGACCGGCCGCCGGAGGUGCAGUACUACCUGCCGCCAGCUCGCUCCACCGUGGGCGUGAUGGAGACCGUGUACACGGACGUCAUCUACCGGCCGGAGCAGGAGGCGGUGGUUACGCGACCGGCCGCCGCGACCACGACGGCGCGGACGACGACCACGACUACGCCCGGCCAGCCCGCCGGCGGAAACGACACCUGA